UGUGAACCUUUCCUUCCUGUUUCAAUAACACAGGCAGCAAAACCUCCGCAUAGUGAGCUGCAAUAGAUAUCUGUCAGGCCUCCAUAAUGGCAGUGUUCUUAUCAUUAGCGUUACAAAGUCGCUUAAUUCACAGCUUCAGUCGCGCUAAAUGCGUGAUUGUAUUCAUUUAGCAUCCAUUAUUUUAGACAUCUUAUUUAUUGUCGCCGCACGUCUGUAUAGGCAGCAUCAGGAACACGCGCCGUUCUCCGGCAAUUGUUCCCACCAUAUUCUCAUGGCGGAGACUAAAAUCAUUUACCAUAUAGAUGAGGAGGAAACUCCUUAUUUGGUGAAACUGUCAGUGGCUCCAGAGAAGGUAACUUUGGCAGAUUUCAAGAAUGUCCUCAGCAACCGACCGGUUAACAGCUACAAAUUCUUCUUUAAAUCUAUGGAUCAAGAUUUUGGGGUUGUCAAAGAGGAAGUCUCGGACGAUAACGCCAAACUGCCUUGUUUCAAUGGGAGAGUGGUGUCAUGGCUUGUAUUGGCUGAGAGCUCCCACACAGAUGGGAUGUCGGUGUGCACUGACAGUCAUACUGAGCUUCCCCCACCGCUGGAGAGGACGGGAGGCAUCGGAGACUCCAGACCCCCCUCGUUCCAUGCUAAUGCAGUGAACAGCAGAGACGGUCUGGACACAGAAACUGGAAGUGAGUCCGUUCUCCGGCACCGCCGAGAGCGGGAACGAGAAAGGACCAGACGGAGGAGAGAUGACUUCCCACGUGUGAACGGUCACACAAAAGCCGAGCGGGUGGUGAGGGACACGGCCAUGGGCUGUGACAGUGGCUCUAUGAUGAGCAGUGAGCUGGAGUCAAGCUCCUUCAUUGACAGCGAGGAGGAUGAAGAUGCUAGCAGGCUGAGCAGUUCCACAGAGCAAAGCUCUUCUUUUCAGUUAAUGAAGAGACAUAAGCGAAGGCGUCGGCGACACAAAGUGGCUAAAAUUGACAGGUCAUCUUCCUUCAGCAGUAUCACCGAUUCAACCAUGAGCCUCAACAUCAUCACAGUUACCCUCAAUAUGGGUAAGAUCAGCUUGCCUUGUACAUGUACACAUACAGUAUGUCACAAAUUCAUCACUUCCGUGUUCUCUCUCAUUUGCACAGAGAAGUAUAACUUUCUCGGCAUCAGUAUAGUGGGCCAAAGUAACGAUAGAGGAGAUGGUGGCAUCUACAUCGGCUCUAUUAUGAAGGGAGGAGCGGUGGCAGCAGAUGGGAGGAUAGAGCCAGGCGACAUGCUGCUGCAGGUAAAUGAUGUGAACUUUGAAAACAUGAGCAAUGAUGAUGCUGUCAGGAUCCUCAGAGAGAUUGUCUCAAAGAAUGGCCCUAUCAGUCUCACUGUUGCUAAAUGCUGGGACCCUUCCCCUCGCAGUUACUUCACAAUACCCAGAGCUGAGCCAGUUAGACCCAUUGACCCGGCUGCAUGGAUUUCACACACUACUGCACUUACAGGGUCUUACCCACAAAACGAGUUUGACGAUCUCCCUCUUACGGUGGGAAAAACAGACAUGGCCACCAUCGUAAAGGUGAUGCAGCUCCCAGACUCAGGACUAGAAAUAAGGGACAGAAUGUGGCUGAAGAUUACUAUAGCUAAUGCUGUAAUAGGAGGUGAUGUAGUAGACUGGCUGUACUCACGGGUCGAAGGAUUCAAAGACCGGCGGGAUGCCAGGAAAUACGCCAGCAGCCUGCUGAAACACGGCUAUCUGAGACACACGGUCAACAAGAUCACCUUCUCUGAACAGUGUUACUACACAUUUGGAGAUCUCUGUCAAAAUAUGGCUACACUAAACUUGAAUGAAGGAUCGAGUGGUGCUGGUUCAGAGCAGGACACAUUGGCCCCUCUCCCCCCUCCGUCUACUAACCCGUGGCCCAUGGGCGGCCAGCCCUUCCCCUAUCCACCCUUCUCCACAGCGCCCUCUGGUUUCCCCCCAGGAUAUUCCGACCCCUGCCACAGUUUCCACAGUGGCAGCGCAGGAAGUCAUCACAGUGAGGGAAGUCGAAGCAGUAGUUCUAACCCUAGCGUUGGGAGGAGCCAGCAGCCCAAACCGAGGGACAAGGACCGCAAAGCAGCAGGCAGCGGCGGCAGCGAAUCGGAUUCAGGCAACAGAGCAGGUGGGAGGCGGGUUGAGCGUUCAGCCAGCCAGUUGAGCCACCGCAGCCAUACGCUCUCAUCCCGCAGCCACACUCAUUCCCGCGUCCCCUCCCAGCACAGCCGCACGUCCUUCGCCUACAGCCACGCUCCCUUUUCCAAGUACGCCCACACCUCUUGUGCACUCAGCGAACGGAGCCACGCCUCCUCUUACGGACCCCCAGGCCUGCCUCCUCCCUACAGCCUGGCCAGAUUGACCCCUAAGGGGGCUAUCAGCAGCGGGCCCCCUGGGGCCCCACCAGUGAGGGAACUAGGGGCCAUACCACCUGAACUCACCGCUAGUCGCCAGUCCUUCCAGCAUGCCAUGGGCAACCCUUGUGAGUUUUUUGUGGAUAUAAUGUAAUCGGAUGAACAAAUAAUAAAUAGCAGCAACACUGAAAUUCAUUCUUCAAUCUCACAAGAUGAGUGCCAUUAAUACAUGCUCAACUUUCACCAACAGCAACUGUGGCAGUACUGUAGUCACAGGUUUCUGUGGAAGAUUGAGGAUCAUUUGUUAAGAUAAUCAUGUGUUGAUUAAUUAAUUAAUUAAUUUCUCAAUAAAAUAUAAAAAAGUAUUUAAUUUCUUAAAAAAAAAAAAAACCUCAAUGAGUCCAAACUUUUGAAAGUAUCUGAAAAUAUGGCAACAAAACUAAGCACCCAAUUUUUCUGUUACCAUUAACAAAAUAAAUCAAGGUCAAACAAGGUUUAUGUUACACAUUAGGCUCAGCACAGCUUCUCAGAGCAGUAUUAAUCAUUUUAGCAAUAAAAUACCACACCAGCAGCUACAUUUUUAAUCCUAGAUUAGCAAAAGGUAAAGACAAUCAGACAAUGCCCUCUGCUGGUCAGGAGCUGUUAGUCCUUUCCAAAGCUAUCCAUGAAGAGACUAGGCUACUGAUCACCUUUAAGAUCCAGCAACAGUCAAAAAUAUUUUCAUGUUGUGUUUGUUCAUUUUAAAAUGUUAUUUAAAUCAAUCUUUAUAUUGUAGUUUAAUUUUUUGGUGCACAUGAUUAAUGCUUAAAACUCAAUGCUCUAAAGCGCUACAAGCUGUCUGGGAGGGUGGCAGAUCUGGGAGGAAUUAAUCAUUUCGACACGUUUCCAAUUAUUACCAGGUUGGAAACAUGGUAGCAUGUCACUGUUAUGGCUCUCUUGGCUAUGAAACACUAGCUAGAAAAAUGUAUUUUCAGGAAAUAAAAAGACAUCAGGGUAAAUUUAAGAAGCAGCACUUAUAGUGUGGUUGCACAGAACAAAUUAGCGCUUGCUGAAUGUCUGAAAUUAGUUGUAUUUUCUUACAUAAGUUGUUCUUAAAUAUUGUCUGGAAGUCCUACAGAAGUUUUUUUUUUUGCCCCUGGAAUAAUGUCAGUUGUAUGAUGUGAUAUCUGGUGCUGGUAACCUGUUAAUCAAAGUGUCUCAAAGAGAAAAUGUUUGCUCAAAAAGCUUGUUUAAAGUAACUGAAGGUGACUAGUUAGCACAUGGACUGUGUACUACUGUAUGUGUAGUAUUUAACCAUUUGAGGAUUGUUGCUCAAGAUCAAGACUGUCGAAUUGGCGCCUGAUCUGCCCCUUUUGUGAAUCUGCAUCUUUAGAUGUGUUGUCUAUUUUUGUCCCUUAGGAAGACUGGGCGAAAACUGCUGUAUAUAGUUCAUUUUUAUUGUAUAUAUGAAAAUAGAUAAUUGUAUAAAGUAUAUGUACAGAGCUUCUGGUCAUGCCUUUUUGUAGUUAUGUAAGAUAUAAAUUGUGUGUUUGUGAUUUUAAAGCAGUUUUCUAAAUCUCAUUUGGUUUGUGUUGUAUUUGUCCGACCAUCUGUAAGUGAAACUGUCUGAAAUAAAUAAUUCAUCUAAACUUCUGGCUCAUUUUCAUUUGCCAGGCAGUGAAGUAGACUGUUAGCAUUACAAUUUCAGAUUUUCUUAAUCCUAUUCUGAUUUUUGAAGGAAGUCUCUUGUGGUCACCCAGGCAGCAAAAAUAGAGCGAAAACUGUGAUAUUGUGAAAUAUUAUAAUUUUUAAUAACUGUUUUCUAUUUCAAUAUAUUUAAAAAUGUAGUUUAUUCCUGUGAAUUUCUUUGCAAUGUUGAAAACUGCUGUGCUGCUUAUUUUUGUGGAAACCGAUACAUUUAUUUUAAGGGUUCUUUGAUGAAUAGAACAGAAUUUGUAUGAAAUAGAAAUAAUUUGUAACAUGUUUUUAUUUUCACUUUUGAUUAAUGCAUCCUUGCUGAUUAAAAGUAUCUGUCAAAAAAAAAAAAAAAA